AUGGUUAACUAUAGGAAUAUUGAUAGUACGACGUUUAAAAGAGCGAUGAUUAAUGACAUGGGUGGUGUUAGCAUUAGCAAAAACUAUGGUACCCAAUUGAUUGAAAAGGGUGGGUUUGACAAUAUCGCAUUCAACCAUAGGGACCUUAGAAAUGCGAUAAGUGUUGAACGUCGUAAGUCUAGGUUUAAGGAUUCUGAUGCAGCUGGAUUAGAUCAAUAUUUUAAGGCGCAACGGGAAUUGAAUUCUGAGUUUUAUUGCUCCAUCCAAAAAGAUGAUGAUGGUGUAUUUACAAACGCAUUUUGGUCCGAUGCGCGAAGUAGAGGGACAUGCAAGUAUUUUGGAGAUGUAAUCACAUUCGAUACAACAUUUUCAUGCAACAGGUUCCGUAUGCCUUUUGCACCAUUUAUUCGUGUAAACCACCAUGGGAAGUCAAUUAUAUUUGCGGCAGCACUUAUAUCCCACGAAGAUGCGCCAACAUUUGUUUGGGUGUUCGAAGAAUUCAUGAAGUGUAUGGGUAAGGCUCCUACGGGCAUCCUAACGGACCAAGACAGGGCAAUAGGUAAAGCAAUUAAGCAAGUGUUCCCUGGCGUGCCACACAGACUAUGUCUAUGGCACAUGCUCCAAAAUGCUACGAAAGCGCUUGGUAGCCGUAAGGACUGGCCGAAGAUUGAUACCCUAAUACGUACUGCAAUACAUGAUUUGCUUAAUCCUAACGAGUUUGAUGAAGCAUGGUGUCAUGUGAUGGAAGAAUACAGUCUAACCGGUCCUAGGUGGAUGAAGGAUGCAUACGAACUGAGGUGUCAGUGGGCUCCCGCGUACAACAGAGGAAAGUUUUGGGCUGGUAUGUCUUCUACACAAAGAAGUGAAGCUGAGGAAGAGAAGCAGGAUAAUUAUGAUAGCAUUGAUAAGAUUCCCCGGCUUGAGCCGGAUAAGAGUGUGCACAUAUUGAAGGCAAUGGAUGUUGAAGAUUUUCAAUUUCUUCCUGAAAAAUACAUUUUACCACGUUGGAUGAAACAAGUGAGGUCGUAUGAAAGUCUUCAGAUUUCUUACUUUGACCAAUUACAGUCAUCUCGUUUAGAGAAAGCCAAAGAGUUGUCACAAAGGCAUAAUUAUCUGUAUGAGAUGGCCAUGCAUGCGUAG